ACUUGGCUUCAAGCGGAGGUUAAUGAAGGCAGCAAGCGUACUUGGCAUGCAUCGAACGAUGAGCAACCGACAAUGCCAUGUCUAUAUCAACAAGGCCAAGAUCCAUACAGUACUUCGAUCACGCUUAGAGUUGUUCUCUACAGACAUGGACUUUGCCCAGAUUUGAUGAAUACCAACAACAACUAGCACCGGCAGUCCUCCCAUUCCUCCGCCAUCAUGGUCGGAUCAAGCCUCAUUCUGUCACUGCUCGGCUUUGAUGUCGUCCAUGCCUUGCCAGCUUCCAAGAAGGUAGAGGAGCGUCAGACCUCCGUAGGAGGUGGCUGGAGCGAUUUUCCCGAUGACGGCAAAGCCCCUCCAACCUGCUCCAUCAACAUCCCCAUCUCUCAGCAAGCCCCCUGCAUCUUCUUCCCCAUUCCGGGUAUCAUCAGACCCGGCAAAGAAAAACGACAAGUUUUGGGACCUGGCUACAGCGACUUUCAUCCCGGUGAUGGUGAUGAGAUCCCUACCUGCGAGAUUUCUCUUCCCAUCAGCGAACAACCCCCGUGUAUAUUCUUCCCAAUUCCGGGAGAGAUUACGCCAGGAAAGCGAUCAUUCAGCCUCCCGGCGGAGUAUGCCACCAAUGCCAAGCAAGUGAUCCUUCAGCUUGAGAACCAGCUGGUGGCUCUCCAAAACAAGAACAACAAGACGUCUGAGGACAUCGCUGAUAUUCGCGCCAUCAAUACUGCCCUUAAGUACCUGGCGAAUAUCGAUCAGAUCUCCGCACCGCCUGGAUCUGAGACUGGCUUCACUCCCGGCAAGCGGUCAUUCUUCCUGCCUGGCGAUUACGCGACCGACACUAAGAAGGUUAUCCUACAACUUGAGAAGCAGUUGAUUUCCCUCCAGAACAAAAAGAACAAGACUGAUGAAGAUUUGGCCGAUAUCCAAGCCAUCAAGUCUGCACUCAAGUAUCUAGCCGGUAUUGACCAGAUCUCUGCACCCUCGGGAACUGAGACUGGUUUCGUCCCCGGAAAGCGUGAUGCGCCCUCUGUUGGCGCUUACGGUUCAGUCUGCCCGGGGCUGGAAGGUGCCGAGAUUGCUCUCGAGACUCUUUUGCACAAACCCAAGCCAACAGUGCAGGAGUACAUCAUUAUCCAGAAGUUGACCAGCUUCCUUGCCGGAUGUGGCAUCGCCAUCGUCAAAUCUCCCGAUGGCACAUGGACCGUCAUCAAGCCCUCCGACAAGAAGCGAGGUGUUGAUACCGAAGCCGUUGCCACUCCUCAGCCUGCCGCAGACUUUGACCUUGCCGGACUGGAAAAGUCAUAUCACCUGCUCCUUGGGUCUAGCCAAGGCGGUCAACCCUCUUCCAUCACCUGGCUUGUCCUCCGACAGAUGGCUGAUUUGCUCGAGCUGUACGGUGCUCCUGUUGAUGGCGCCGUCUCCUCUGGUUUUGCCUCCUCCAAGCGCCAGAUCACCAUCGGUACAGGCAGCUGCCAGCUCCUGGACAUUCUCGGUCUCAAGGCUGCACUCGCCGCUCUGACAACCGCCUAUGGGGGCCCCGCCAAGGCGCCGACCAACAUCUUCCACAUUGAGCAGAUCCUCGUUACGGCCAUACAGCUUUGUGGUCAAGGUGCUCCUGGCUGGACUACACUCGCCCCCGGUAACCCCAUCCUCGGCGGUCCGCUUGCUCCCGACCCAACUGUUCCUGGGGAACCCAUCAAGCCCGAUCCGUAUGUUCCUGGCGGGCUCAUUGGGCCAGGCCGCUAACAAGCUGGCGCGCGUGAUGAUCCUACGACUUUGCUGGAUGCGUUGCAGGCUCUCGAGACGCAUUACGAAAGCUACGAGUUUGUAACUAUCCCUGUGCCGCUAUUCUUGAUCAUGUUCAGCUUGGUGACCAUCCUCCAGGAGCUGUAUGUUGUGACUAUAAAGAGAUGGCCUGUCUUGGGACAAGGA